AUGCUGCUGCUCUGGGCUCCUUCCAAUACUACCUCCUCAGAAGCCCAAGAACUGCAGAACAGUUUCAACAGUACAAACUUUUCUCAAAACCCCCCCAGCCCAUCUUACGCCUUGGCAAACUCCUUCCCCCUUCCCCGCCCCCAAGAACCUACAACAGCCAACAACCACGCUCUCCUUCGUAUGAUGUACACUCUUGGGCUACUCCACACACCUCCCAACCCAACUGAUUCGUGGAAGCCGCACGAAUCAUCCGGAUCUUGA